CAUCAAAGUUGACACUUUUACAGCACACACACACACACACUUCCCAAGUUAAUUGACCAGGGAGGUGGUGGACAGUUAUGGCCGAAAGUAACAGUACCGACAGUCCAGUAGUAGCAGUAGUAGACAGGGAUGACCUGUUGCUACAGUUGCGCGCACACAGAUACCGUCCCAAUCCGGCCAUCGAAGAUCAUGUAAGGCCACCAGUGGUGGUGUCGCCGCCCGAUUCGGAACAGGUUAUGGUCAGACUCAGGUCGUCUAAAAGUAGACACGCAAGUGGUGUUUCGGUUAGCUCGGCUACUGGUGCUGAAACUGUAGAGGACAUACACUUUGAUUGUUUAACACCGGCACCCGACGGUGGCCACACUAAUGUUGACUGUGGUUAUUGUCAAAUGUCAGCCAUUAACGGCAUGCGCUGUACAACACUAGAGGAACGGGAACUGUUGAUCGAUGAUUACAAUGACCGGUAUGUUAGUCGUAUACCGCAUGUUGUUUGCUACCGGUGCCUGGCUAAUUAUAUGCUUAGUAUAAAUGAAAAAAUUGUACCCUGUCCAUAUGGUUGUGGUUGCGAAUUUAAUCUAGACAAUCUGGUGGUUAUGAACCGCGACUACACAUUACAGUGCAAUGAUUUGCUGCGGUCGUGUCCGGACGGGUGCGGCCUAAUGGGUAGUUCACUGGAACUGUCGGUACACAUAUGCUAUCGUGUAUUGCCGACCACCACUGGUGAUGUCGGUGCUACUGCUGCCGGCGCUGGCAAUAACAACCGUCCACAACAAGCACAGGUAGCUGUUCAUCAUAUACUACAGUCGACAAAAUUGCAGCAAAUGAUUGUCGACAACAAGCGUAUGAAAGACAAGAUUAAUAAACUUGAAUUAGAAAUGGAUGAUAGUAUCGGUAAAAUGAAUUCAAUGGAUAGGGAUCUCAGGGAACAGUUAAGAAACAAUGAAAAACUACGACACGAAUACCAGAGUGUCUAUAGAAGACAUUAUAAGUUAAAAUUAGAUUUUGCAGAAUUGGAAACUGAUUUUAUGGCCUCACAGCUACAGCUAACUGUCCUCAAAGAUCGCUAUCGUAUUGAUGAUUAUAGAAAAUUGCUGAUUAAAUAUGAUAAUCUUAAACUGAGAUACACUGAGGCUGAUGGCCAGCUCAGGGAGUUGCGUGAACUGAACAAAAAGUACAAACAGGAUAACCAUUUGCUUAAUCAGACAAAUCAACGGCUGGUGACCAAACGUAAGCAAUUGGAGGACAGCUUCGAUAGACUACAGAAAUCGAUUGAUAGACAACAAACAACUGGUCGGAGUUGUGGUCGACCUACCAGUGCCGGUGCCGCCAACACAACCACCACCACUGAUGAUAAUGAUCAAACUAUUGCCGAUUUGACCGAAAAGUUGGAAUCAAUGCAAAAUGAAUUAACAAAUUAUAAACGUCUUUAUGGACAACAAUUAUUUGCCAGACAAGAGAGUCAGACAAGAGCUAAUGGCUUGCAAACGGACAGACAGUUUGAUGAUAAUGAUAAUAAUGAAAGUCCGAUAAUAGAGGACAGUAAUGUUAAUUAUGACGACAAUAAUAAUAAUAAUAUUAGCAAUAAUGACGAAAAUUAAGUGUUAGAACUUUCUUUUUCUAAAUAUAAUUAUUAAUAGAUUUAAUUAAUUUUGUAAU